ACAAAGUUGAGGAUAAGAUGGCGACAGUCCCACAGUGUCUACCUCUGCUGCGUUUGGUCUGAGCGCAGCGCUGACAGGCUGCUUCACUUAGCAAGUAUCAGAAACACAUUUUUAUUCCCAGGCUGUAUUUUAUAAUACAACCCCUAAAGUGUUUCAUCAGCCAAGCCCAUCAAACAACCCAGCCUCUUCAGAGUUGGCAGCCACUGUUGCAUAACCCUUUUUUUCAUUCAGAAAUUGGAUUAUUAUCAUGGCACACUGGGAGGAGCUACACACACACAUACACACACACAUAUGCUUGAAAUACCAUAUGCAUAGUGCAGCAGAAAUACUAUGUCUAUUCAUUUUGUUGUUCAAGUGGCUCUCCAGUUUAGAAGUGGACCCAGAUCUGACAAAUCGCCAUAUAAGCUGCUGCACAUGUUACCGUAGGCUAUUCAAUUGAAUAUCCCCGUUGUGGGAUGAAUAAAGGAGUAUCUUAUCUUAGUAUAUUAAUCAUGUCAUAAAAAUGCACUUGAGUCAUGCUCUUUGCCCUCUGCAUGUCAGCACAGCUAGAGUCUAUUGUAAAACCAGCCCACACACAAAAAGAUGAUAGUGCAGGUUUUACUUGAGGUUUAAAUGCAACCACAUGCCCUCAGUGGUUUUACAACCAGCAGGUUUUAAUGGACUGGAAAAGUGAUUAUUACUUUAUUUUAUUCUUUUCUGGUGAGCAUGUGAGUUUGUUAAAAGUAGCCUAAGCACAAUAAAACGACUGUUAUAAUAACCCAUAAGAGAUUUAGAGGGAGUGUCAAACUCACCAGGGACAGUAACCUUUCAAAAUAAUAGUCUUUGUGUCUCCCUUGCUCCUGUGUGAGUAAAGUGAUCUUAAACUGCAUAAUUCCCCGUGCUUUGAUUGUACUGUGAUAGAUGGCUUAUAUCUUUGUUAAUUUACGAUCAGAUUACUGUAGUUCACAGCGAGGGGGAAGCUGGCACACUCCUUCUGCUGAAUGCGCUGUAGACAGCAGUGGGGCUCCAGUUGGCUGUGUGCGCUCAGACGCACAGACGCAAAGCAUCCACACUGGCUGGAGUUGGAGGACACUCGGCCGUUUCGCUUCCACCGCUGCUCUGAUCCGCUGUCUCUUCUGACUCCCGGCGGUGAGAAGACCACCCGCACGGGAGGGGAAAGGAAUAAAGAAGCGCUUCUUUUUGUAGAGACUGAGGGAAAUCGGGACUUUUUGCAGGGGGGAAGUUAUUUCUCGCAUGAGGCGAGCUGGAUGAGUUGUGUACAGCGGAGCGCACAUUGCUUAUUACGUCUUUUCAAUGGAUUCCAGUAUUGCGGAGGUACCCUGGGAAUUAAACUCUUAUUAAGUCGCUUUUAGUUUGCAGAUUUCCUUCCAUCAAGGGUUUAUGUCUCACACGGAGAGGAAGACAAUGAUCCUCGCUGUACUGUAUGUCCUUCUGCCUCUUUUGGAUGUGUUGUGUUAUGCCGAGGAGAACCUGCGCGCCCGGCUGGACUGUGUGAGGGCCAGUGAGCAGUGUCUGAAGGAGCAGGCGUGCAGCACCAAGUACCGCACUAUGAGGCAGUGCGUGGCCGGUGGCAGGGAAAGCAACUUCAGCAUGGUGGCCGGCCAAGAGGCCAAAGACGAGUGCCGGAGCGCCAUGGAUGCGCUCAAACAGAGCCCGCUGUACAACUGCCGGUGUAAAAGGGGUAUGAAGAAAGAGAAGAACUGCCUGCGCAUAUACUGGGGGAUCUAUCAGACAUUACAAGGUAAUGAUUUCUUGGAAGAUUCUCCAUACGAACCUGUCAACAGCCGUCUAUCUGACAUUUUCCGCCUGGCUCCCAUCAUAGGUGAGCCUGCAGUGGCCAGAGAGAACAACUGUCUGAAUGCAGCCAAGGCCUGCAACCUGAACGACACAUGUAAGAAGUACCGCUCGGCCUACAUCAGUCCCUGCACCAGCCGAGUCUCCACCGCGGAAGUCUGCAACAAGAGGAAGUGCCACAAGGCCCUGCGGCAAUUCUUCGACAAGGUUCCUCCCAAGCACAGCUAUGGCAUGCUGUUCUGCUCAUGCCCGCUCAGUGACCAGACGGCUUGUUCUGAGCGCAGGCGUCAGACAAUCGUCCCCGUCUGCUCUUAUGAAGAAAAACAGAAGCCCAACUGUCUGGAACUGCAGGCCUCCUGCAAGACCAACUACAUCUGCAGGUCACGACUGGCUGACUUCUUUGUCAACUGCCAGUCGGAGCCGCGCUCACUGUCAGGCUGUCUGAAGGAGAACUACGCAGACUGCCUCCUUUCAUACUCUGGGCUGAUUGGCACCGUGAUGACUCCCAACUACCUGCGCUCACCCAAAAUCAGCGUCUCACCUUACUGCGACUGCAGCAACAGUGGCAACAACAAGGACGAGUGUGACAAAUUCACAGAGUUUUUCACAGAGAACACCUGCCUCCGUAAUGCCAUCCAGGCCUUUGGGAAUGGGACAGAUGUUGGAGUGUGGCAGCCGAUGUCCCCUGUCCAGACCACCACCUCCACUACUACACCCUACCAAAGGAACCGUGAACGCAACCCCAACACCAUCGACAACCACAUCAACACAGACCCUGGCAUCUACCACUUCUGUGGCAACCUACAGGCUCAGAAGUUAAAGUCGAACUCAACUGUUGACGGGGUCCUCUGUGUGGACCCUCAGAUCGAUGGUCCAAGCACAUCCAACGCCAUCCUGAGGGACUCUGCUGUGUCCAGACGGCCUGCAGGCCUGGCCUCUCUGCUGCCCUCGCUGCUCUUGCUUUGGUACUGCAGCCUGCAUGCACUCUCCUUGCUGGGGGUCUUGUAGCCUUGCUGCGUCACAGCAACAAGCAAGAACGGACUGACAAACACAUUUGUAUAAAAGAAAAAGCAAAACAAGAAAUUAUAUCCUUCUCGGUGAUACCUGUUGUACUUUUAUUUCCCUCUGGAUUCUAUCUCUCUUUUGAUUCCUACUCCGUUUUUUUUAUGAAUUUUUGAGAAGCUUUGGUGUUUUAUGUUUCUGUUUUCUUUGCAUUGCAGCUGUGUGCUUAAACAGUGAUCUACUCUAUGUGUUAACUCAGUUUGGCCGUGUGUCCCCUUUGGGUUUGGUGAAAAAAAAAUUGGAUUUCAAGUUUAUGUGUUGGACAGAAAUGAAAAAAUACUCGAGGACUACAUUCCAAUAAACCACAGCUGGUGGCUCUUGGAAAGGUACAUACAAAAUGUGAGUGAGUAAAGAUCAGAAGAGUUUCCACUCGUGUCUGUUUGUGUGUUGAGGCUAAGGGUGGGAUCUUUUGCUUAAAAGUUGCAGUCAGUUCAGUAAUGGCUUCAUUUUAUCACUUGGGCAGCCUUUUCGGUGUUAUUCAGUCUCCUCUGUGGUUCGUGUGUUUUGAUAAUGAUGUAAUCUGGUGUUUAACAUUUUUAUGAAAGGUCGUGGAUAUAUACCUUACAAAAAAGUCACUUGAAAGCCUUGUUUUUCAGGGUGAACACCAAUAACUUAAAACAUCAGAAAAGUAAGAAGAUGUGUGCCCAAAUUGUCUUUACUGAACAAACAUCGCCGCUGGCAGAAGCACACAAGCAAAGACCCACAAACACACACUGCACAUAUUCACACACUCAGAUACAAAAAGCAAACACAGCGCCAGGCUUUCUGCAUCUUUUUUUACACCAACAGAGUGAUCACAAGGCAGUAGGUUAUACGCUGCUGUGGAAACCCACUCCACUCAUUUGUGAUUGUACAUAUUUGUAAUUGUCAGAAGUCCAAGCCAUGUUCCAUAUUUCUCUUUGGAACGCUGCUAAAGUUUCACCUGAAGGAGUUUUUUAUGUCUUUUUUUUUUGUUUUGUUUUUAUGUACUCUGCUGCACUGUGUCCACAAAAACAAGAGCUGAGGAAAAACAAAACCUAAGUGUUGUAAAGAAACGUACAGCUCCAUUGCCCAUGAGCUCCAAGUAUCAUUUUCUGUGUUCUCAGUUUAGUGCUACAACUUGUUGCCUCAGUUGUGAAACUGUCAGCAUGUGUUUGGAGAGGGAGUGAGAGCUUGAAAUUGACCAUUUGCCAAACCCAACCACUUAUAGUUACUGUCACCAAACCCAACAAGCUAUUCCAAUUGCAAAUAUACAGUGUGAUAUGUAUUAACUGUGGGAGAUUUGCUUCCCAAAACUAAUGGUUGUCUUUUUUUCAUAAUUUGCCUUCAAUUCAAGUUACAAGCAGACAAACUGGUCCUUGUGUAUUAACUGUAGCAAGUGAUCAUCAAACCUGUUGAAAGCCAAAACUGUCACUGGCAUGAAUUUUAACUGAAUUAAUUGAUUAUUAUAGUUGUGCUCAUAAGUGUACAUACCCUGGCAGAAUUUAUGAUUUCUUGGAUAGUUUCUGUUGUCAUUACGAUAUAAAAAGAGUAAACACAGUUGUUUGACAGUAAACGGCUGCCCGUAACCACUAACCAUGAGUGAAAGAAAAGUUUUUCUCUUAUCAUUCAUAUUCUCUGAAAAAAUGCCCAAAAAAAAUCACAAGUUCUGCCAGUGUAUGUAAACUUAUGAGCACACUUGUAUAUGUGUAAUGGAAACCUUCUUAAUCAGUCCUUAAGUCACUCCUUAAAGUUCACACAGUCUGUUAAAAAAGCGCUGGUGGAGACAAACCUAUCCAGACAUCUUUACACCUAACAAAACAGAGAUGCUUUCUUCACUGUGCACUCUCUAUAGCAGGGGUUCCCAAAGUGUGGGUCUGGACCCCAUGGGGGGUUGCGAAACACAAACGGGGGGUUGUGAGAUGUCUUCCAGAAUUUGUUUUUUUUUAAGAUAUCUAAAAAUAGUACAUAUUACCCAUUAUAGCACAAAAUAUCAACAAAAAUAGUCGCUUAAUUUGAAAUGAAACCUUGAAAAUAGAAAAUGUAAUGAGUUUUCUGCCUUUCUUUUUGCCUGAUGAUUCCUAAGUUUAGGGUUAGUGAACAGUUAAUUAUUAAAGCAUCAGUAGCAGUAGGUUAAUUCAUAACAGCACAGGAAACAGCCACAUACUCAUAUAGGUAGGCUAAUUUCCACAGACCAGCUAAAUGAAGCCACAUUAAAUGACUCUGAGGGACAGUGGGGGUCGCAAGUCUUUGGCACCUAUAUUUUGGGGGUCACAGGCUGAAAAUUUUGGGAACCCCUGCUCUAUAGUAUCACUGUACCCAAAGCCCCACAGUCUGAUUCACAAGCCAUACAUUUGUUAUGCUUCUAACUUUGGGGAUAGUGAUAUGUGAUAUGGUACCACUGCAGCUAGAAGGCUGUUUAGCAAGGUAUGCUAGUAAUAGCAAUACUUAGUGGGACCAAGUGACCUGACCAAACGUUCUCUUUAGUCACUGGACCUGCUGCCCCACAGUCUGAUUACAGGCAUUAGAUUUGUUGUGCUCCCUAACUUUGUAAACAACAUGGUAUAACUGCUUGAUGGGCUGUUUAGCCAGGUAUGCUAAUGUUUGAGGCUACAAGCUAAUGCUGUUCAUCCCAUUAUAUCUCCUGUCAAGCUAAAUUUUAGUUAAACAAUCAUUGUUUACAGAAAGGGGUUUAGCAAAUGGCCAAGUCAACCAACUUUAGACAAAGUGGGACAUGUGACUUAUAUACUGUAUGUAAAAACAUUUUCCAUGUCUCCUUCAAAGGACUGCUGGGAGAGUUAAAAAAAGGCCACAGCAUUGCAAUCAGCUUUUUAUGUUCGACGCUUUCUGAUGCAUCUGUUUUCAUCAACCUUUUAAAUAAAGCCAUAUUGUUUUAGAUUCUCCCCUUAGAGAUACAAGCUUUUCAUUUCUCCAGGCUUCCAUAUGACACAUGAUCAAGAUGUUUUCAUACAUCACUGUGGCAUGUUCAGCAAAGUUACUUUCGCCAUUUGGACAGGAGCAUUUACAACAUGCUGCUUGGGUUUAUGUAGCUUCUCGAACAUAAUUAAUGUAUAGUAGGACCUAAAUGUUAUUUACCGAGCAUAAACAUGGUAUAUGCACUGUAUGUACUUGGCUGAAACUAAAAAUUGGACAAAUAAAUGUCUGAUGAUAUUCUAUUCCAGAGCAUUGUGAGCUAUUUUGACAUUCAGAUACAACAUAGAUUACAUUGAAGAAGCCAGAAUAUUGUUUUUUAUAUUGUGUAUAUUUCUCCCUGUAUGUACAUGAUUAUGGAAUAUUAUUGCAUCUGUGAAAGAGGAUAUCAGUGGUAAACUCCUACUCUAGUUAAAUAGCCACAUUUAUUACAUUGCAUAAAUGUUAUUUUGUUUUUUGGCUAAGAUUUGAGCUUAUUUUUCUAUAUUUUACUGAUUUUUACUUUUUGAAUGAGUCGAAGUGAAUGAGAUAGAUUGUAUUAAAAAUCUCAAGUUCUUAAAGACUGCUCAGCGUGGUCUCUAUGGUUAUUUUGGUUCUGCUUAAAUAACUAUGGUCACUAUAACUAGGAAUUAAGCAAGGACAAAAAUGGUCAUUGCAUGGUGUUGGAAAGAAAAUAGAUGAAACUUUGAGGACAAAUUUAUUCUAUAUGGUACCAAUGAAGGCUUUUUUAUAGUCUGACUAGAGGAGGGUUGGACGUAUGCAGUUGGGAUGGAGGAACAAUUUUAGAGGUCUCUACUGGGGACGAAUUAGAUUUCACAGAUUUGGGUCUUUCAGUGCAUCCACUGAUUUUAUAUUGAUCUCAGAGUCAUAUCUCCAUUGGGUCUGGCCUAUUAGAUAAAGUACAGUGUAUGGAGGUGGUUGAGACUUCCCGAGGUCAUCUCCUCCUGAUAAGGAUACCACUUUAGGCCAAAAAGUUAAAGAUGUUACAUAUGUUUGCUGCCAAUCUCCAUCCCAUGUGUUGUUGAAAAAUACCAAAAAAGGCUUUUUGGAGAUGCAGAGUCCCCCAGAUAUCCGGCAUCAUUAACUUCUUAGCUUGUGAAAAUGUAAAAUCUAUUGUACAAAAGUUAUGAUUAAAAACUGUCAAAUCACCCACA